AUGACUCCAUUUGAAAUGACCAAUCACACGCGUGUCACAGAAUUCAUCUUCCUGGGAUUUUCCAACCACCCCAACCUACAGGCUGUCUUCCUCCUGGUCUUCCUGGCCAUUUACCUGACAACGCUCCUGGGGAACACACUCAUGAUGGUGGCCACCAGGGUCAGCCCUGCUCUCCACACUCCAAUGUACUAUUUCCUCAGCAACUUGAGCUUCCUGGACAUCUGCUACACAUCCACCACCAUUCCGGUCACGCUAGUAAACUUCUUCAGGGAGAAGAAAACCAUCUCCUAUGAGGGCUGCCUCUCUCAGAUCUUCUUCUUUGUGACAUGUGCUGGCACAGAAGGUGUUCUUUUGGCUGCCAUGGCUUAUGACCGGUAUGUGGCCAUUUGUCACCCUCUUCGGUAUCCAGUUCUCAUGAGCACAAGGGUCUGUGUCUGCUUGGUGAUUGGAUCCUGGCUCUGUGGCUUGGUGAAUUCUGUGACUCACACAGCACUGACAAGCACACUCAUUCUGUGUGGUCCCAACCAGAUUAGUCACUUUCUCUGUGACAUCCCAUUGCUCCUGAAGCUCUCCUGCUCAGACACCUCUGUCAAUGAAUCUGUCCUCCACAUGGCCAGUGCCACCAUUGGCCUGAGCCCCUGCCUGUUUACUGCAGGCUCCUAUAUACUCAUCAUCUCUGCCAUCCUGAAGAUUCCCUCUGCUCAGGGCAGGAGAAAGGCCUUCUCCACCUGUGCCUCCCACCUCACUGUGGUGGUAGUUUUCUUUGGAACAGCCAAUUUCAACUAUGACAGACCUAGGGAAGGUCAUUCCCUGGACAUGGACAUAUUGGUGUCUGUGCUCUUCUGUAUUGUGACUCCCUUGUUGAACCCCAUCAUCUAUAGUCUGAAAAACAAUGAAGUUAAGGGUGCCCUUAGGAAGCUUAUUAAAAAAACAUGGAUUCCCUAA